GAGGGGAUUUGUAAAAGUGGAGUCAAGAACAGCACGGACUAUUUAUGGAGGAACCCCAGUUACUGGCUCACGAAAUGAAAAUGAUUCAUAAACUUACCUCAGAAGUGAAGUGAAGACAAUCUGGUUUAUAAGAGAAAUUAGUAAGUGAAGUUUUCAAUAUACAAAAAACAGGGUGCCAACUAUGGCUAUGCACGCCUUGCCUGCUACGCCCAAACUAACUUGCAACUGGUAUUUCAAGUGCAUAUAUACACAGGUAUCUAAAUUUAGACCUGGUGAACAUCAUUAACUUUACCUUUAUGGAAACAAGUUAGGAAUAAAUUAUAUACAUCUAAUUCUUUUGUACAAGGUUAAAACUAGGGAUAGUAGUUUGGACAUAAAAUGUGACAUGAUACUAGUAAUGGAAAUGAAUAAUCACCUUUUUGCACUUGAUAUACGAAAUUUUUUAUGAUAUCAAAAUUGAGAGUUUAAAAGGACAUAUUAGGAGUAAGGUCAGUUUCUAAAAUUUUACAUAAUUUUCAAGGUAUGGUCUUACACUUUAAAAAGUGGAUAUUAAAGAUCAAAUGCUUGAAUUAUUGGUGAAAAUACUGAAUUUUUAUACAAAAUUACGAUAAAUGAAUACGUUUUGAACAAUCGGUGUUCUGUUUGGAAAAAUAUAUCAACCAAGUUAAUAAAUUACAACAUUUGAACUACUUCCAAGUCUCAGCUACCUGUAUCAUAAAUUAUAAAACUGAAAUACACGUAUAGGAUAAUCAAAAUAGACAAUACAUCGGAUGAAACCGAUACUGUAAAAUCAUGCAUAUUUAGAACUUUUUGAUUAAUGAAUCCUUCCGCCACAAAAUAUAGUCCCUGUGAAACCCUUUCAAAAUUUGAAUUGACACAAAUCUUUUCAACGGGAUAGGGUUCAACAAUGGAUGUGUAACAUGUUUGCACGAAUGGAAUCAGUAUUGAACCAGUAAAUACUUAGUUGUAGCAUCCUGCGCAGUUGUGCUCAAAAGCUCAGGAGCUAACUUCCUUAAAAUCCUAAAUUCUUAUUUAUUAUCAAAUUGCAUGUUCAUGUAUUGAUCUAUUCAUUUUGGAUACGUUCAUUAUGAAUAUGCAUUUGAUAAAAAAAAAAAUCACAAACGUUUUAAAGCACUUUACAUUGGUGAAGCAAUGAGCAAUUUCUCUCUUUCUCGCAAUGUCUAUGCAUGAAUAAGUAACGAAAGAAUACAAAAUUGAGGCCAAACUGUUCGUUUCCAGCUUGGACCAAAGCGCUCCGUUCUUUAUGAGAACUGUGCGUUCCCAACCGUUUCGUUCAAACCGUUUAGCGUUUGUUCCUCAAACAAAACCGUUCGUUCCCAAACCGCUCAACGUUUGUUCGUUGUUCCACCGGUGUAAUAAUACGCUUUAGGGUCUGUAAUAACAAACACUUUUGUGACGCGUUUGAAAAUACCUGUAGUUAUGUCUUGUAUAUCGUAGUCAUUCAGCUAUAUAUAAAAAACCUUAAUGAAUUAAGUGAUGUUUUAUACAAAUUUCAAACACUGGUCUGUUGAGAUGUGUGCACGUAUUUUCCAAUAUAUCAAUAUUAUUGUUACACUUGCUCACAUCAAUACCAUAUUUUACCAAGAAAUUUACAAGUGAUGGAGAGCUCCAGAUUUCAACAACAAGAUGGUCAUGAGCUCUUUGCUAGUCGUAUAAAAGAAGUGUCGUCUUCCCUGAGAAUAAUCUUAGAAGAUAGAGUCUUUAAAGAUGUAUUUGAAGAGGAACUGUCAGCAACAUUCCCAAAUUACAUAGACUCGUUGGAUGACUUAGAUCGGGAUAUGUCUAGGAGUGAUUAUAAAGUCAUAGUUGCAGGGGACAAUUGUUCGGGGAAAACAACUCUCAUCAAUGCUCUGAUCGGUGAUGAGAUUUUCGAUACUCCGAUGUAUAUCUCUACUCACGUGACGUUUACAAUAAGUCAUCAUGGAGAUAGAAAUAUUGUCGUUCAUAAGGAGGAUGACACGGAACCCGAACGAGAACACUUCAGAGAUUCAGAAGCUCUAUCCUUGCGACUUCAGGAAAUAUGUGAUCCUGACCAAAUCAAUUGUUCGCUCAUAUCAGCUAUUGAUGUUCACGUACCCCUCUCUAAUGUCAGGAGAGCUGUAGCGUUGGUGGAUACCCCGUCGACGAAUGAGAAUAAUCGUGUGAGCGAACUGCUACAUGACGUCACACAAUUGAUGCCUGAUGCUUUGGCUGUAGUCUUUCUUAUUGAUGUAUCUCGUGCCGGUGGCUUUGAAGGAAUACUUCCCACUCUUCUGGAAAAUGUCCUGGUGAAAAUGGGAGACUUGGAAUGGUUUGAAGCAAGCUCAGCAAUAUUCAUGACCACAAAAUGGGACGCAAUACAGGAACUGCCAGGAAGCAGUAGUGACGGAACGCAGGAAAGAAGUGAGACAGAAAAAACAUGGUCUGCUGUUACAACGAACCUAGAAAAGGAAUGGCCUUUGAUUGUCAAAGAGAAUAUAUUCAGAGUUAGUCUGUCAGAUCUGAGCACGCAGAAUACUGAACUGAGUGAUGAAUUCCGGAGAUUCCUUGAUCUACUUCAUCGAUCAAUCGAUGUUAAUUUAGAGAGGCGCUACUACAAACACCUGAAGUUUUUAGAAAAACUUUUGACACAAAUUGAAAGCUGUAUGCUAGCGAAAAUAAAUAGGGACCAAGAUCCUCAAUCACGGACCGCUGCUCUUCAAAACAUUCAAAAGAAAAUAUCCAAGGAAAAGGAACGACUUCGAGAAUGUGUCAAAUCCAAAUUAGAAAAAAUAUCCAAUGAUCUUUACACUUAUAUCAAUUCCAAAGCUGGGCAAAAUGAAAUUUUGAAACCAUUCGAUACAUCUUUAGUGAAAGCCCCCUUUGGAAUAUUUAGGGACAGUUUGCUCAAGACGAUCGUUAGUGGUAUUCGCAUCUGGUGUACAGGACCGAAUGUCUCGAAAAUAAUCAAAGAUAUUGAUCACGAUAUUGAAAUUGCUGUGACAGAAAUAGACGAUGAUUUUCGAAAUUUGGAAUGUGACAUAACCGGUGUUUCCAUCAGGGAAUUCAUUAGAACAGAUGACAGCGAAAUGAAACUGGGAGUGGUAUUUUCAUCUUUGGCGCCAAAGCAGACGCGUGAUUAUCUUUGGAAACUGAUUCCAACGACGAUGAUUCUAAAGAACGAUUACAUUCUCGCGAAAGCUAUUGACCACUUGUAUGUACAAUGCUUGAAAAUCCUUACUAAAUCUGAUAUAGAAGCAGCUUUUGAACAUUCAAUUGGAUUCCAAUACGAUAGAAAAAUAUCAAAGUUGUUUAAAUCCUUUGAGCAGAAGGUGUGUGGAGGAGAAAAAAUGAUAAUGAAUAAAUCGGUUUCUGCCCAUGAUUUAGAAAGGAAAGGUUACUUAGGUUUACUGCAGAAAAACAUUUCCUGCAUCAGAUUGUUGAAACAAGACUUUUACCAAGACUGAAUUAUAUUGCAAACUUUCCCUACUGUACGAAUCGAAUUGCCUUGCAAAUGAAUUAGUUUACUUUCGUAUAUAUAGCAGUCAAACGAUUUUACCAAUUAUACUAAAGAGUAUCUGCAGUUAGUUUUUAUUUGCUGUAGUUUGCUUUUCCUUUUUUACUCAGGCGUAACAUGAUUUAAAGAUGGAUGGACGUGAUAAUAAAGUGCAAGUUUGAAUGUU